GCCUCCAACAUCAGAAAGAAAACAAAAACAGAGGAGAGGGAAAAAUCAAAGCCAACCUCUCAUCUUCUUCUCUUCCUCUUCUCAUCUUCACUCACUCCCUCACUCCUCACCCCAAAAAAACAUGGCUUCCUCCCUAUCCCUCCUCUCCCCCCACGCCCUUAUCCUCCGCACCCCCAAAACCCUUAACCUGCGCACCCCCUCCCACCGCCGCCCCCUGUGCAUCAAGGCCCGCACCGUCCCCGCCCUCACCCAAGACGACCUCAAGAAGCUCGCCGCCGACAAGGCCGUCGAGUACGUCAAGUCCGGCAUGGUCCUCGGCCUCGGCACCGGCUCCACCGCCGCCUUCGUCGUCUCCAAGCUCGGCGAGCUCAUCAAAUCCGGCGAGUUGACCGACAUCGUCGGAGUCCCGACCUCGAAGCGAACCGAGGACCAGGCCAGGAGCCUCGGCAUCCCUCUCUCGAUCCUCGACGACCACCCGAGAAUCGAUCUCGCCAUCGACGGCGCCGACGAGGUCGACCCCAAUCUGGAUUUGGUCAAGGGCCGCGGCGGCGCGCUGUUGAGGGAGAAGAUGGUGGAGGCGGCGUCGGAGAAGUUCGUGGUGGUCGCCGACGAGACGAAGCUGGUGACGGGGCUGGGAGGGAGCGGGCUGGCAAUGCCGGUGGAGGUGGUUCAGUUUUGUUGGAAAUAUAAUCUCAUUAGGCUUCAAGAGCUGUUCAAAGAAGAAGGGGUCGAGGCCAAGCUGAGAUUGGAGGGUGACAAGCCAUAUGUGACCGAUAAUUACAACUACAUUGUGGACUUGUAUUUCAAGAGUCCUAUUAAAGAUGGGCCGGCCGCCGGGAAGGAGAUUUCGGUGCUGGAAGGAGUGGUGGAACAUGGGUUGUUCUUGAACAUGGCGACCGCGGUGAUCAUUGCCGGGAAGGAGGGAGUGGAUGUGCAGACCAAGUGAUUGGCUUUUUUUUUCGGGGUUUUGGUGGAGGUGAGUGCUGGAACCUCUGAUUUGUACUUGUCAUAUGUUGUGCAACAUGUUUAUUGGUGUAAUGUUAGAUAUGGAUUAUUGAUAGAGGUUUCGGAUUUGGUGCUCUUUGUUUUUUGUAAAGCAUCUUGAUUUGGAUCAGUAGAUUAGGGAUAAUACUAAAGGGAGUGGAAUAAUAUGAUAUGACUGGAAAUGAAUUGCGUUCAUGCUUUUUAGUA